CUUGACGUCAGCGGCCUCUUCCCUGCCUAUGCCCUAGUGAGGUAGGCAGCGUAAAAACUCUGUGUCUGGUGCUGCAGUCCGCGAAUCCAAAUCCAUCCGUCAAAAUGGUGAACUUCACGGUAGACCAGAUCCGUGCCAUCAUGGACAAGAAGUCCAACAUCCGUAACAUGUCUGUGAUUGCACACGUGGACCACGGCAAAUCCACUUUGACUGACUCGUUGGUAUCCAAGGCUGGCAUCAUUGCGUCAGCCCGUGCCGGAGAGACACGUUUCACUGACACAAGGAAGGAUGAGCAGGAGCGUUGUAUCACCAUCAAGUCAACUGCCAUCUCCCUGUAUUAUGAGCUCACUGACAACGACUUGGCCUUCAUCAAGCAGACCAAAGAUGGCUGUGGCUUUCUCAUCAACCUGAUCGACUCCCCAGGACACGUAGACUUCUCCUCAGAGGUGACUGCUGCUCUGCGCGUCACUGAUGGAGCUCUCGUGGUGGUUGACUGUGUGUCCGGGGUGUGUGUACAGACGGAAACUGUGCUGAGGCAGGCUAUCGGCGAGAGGAUCAAACCUGUGCUUAUGAUGAACAAGAUGGACCGAGCCCUGCUGGAGUUGCAGCUGGACCCUGAGGAGCUGUACCAGACCUUCCAGCGCAUUGUAGAGAACGUCAACGUCAUCAUCUCCACCUACGGGGAGGAUGAGAACGGGCCAAUGGGCAACAUCAUGAUUGAUCCAGUAGUUGGCACCGUUGGAUUUGGGUCUGGACUGCACGGGUGGGCCUUCACCCUCAAACAGUUUGCUGAGAUGUACGUGAAGAAGUUUGCUGCUAAGGGAGACUCCCAGAUGGGACCAGCAGAGCGCUGCAAGAAGGUUGAGGACAUGAUGAAGAAGCUUUGGGGUGAUAGAUACUUUGACCCUGCCACUGGCAAAUUCACCAAGAGCCCUACCAAUCCUGAAGGCAAGAAGCUUCCCCGAACCUUCGCUCAGCUCAUCCUGGACCCCAUCUUUAAAGUUUUCGACGCCAUCAUGAACUUCAAGAAGGAGGAAACCGCCAAGCUGAUCGAGAAGCUCGACAUCAAGCUGGAUCACGAGGACAAGGAGAAGGAGGGCAAGCCCCUGCUGAAGGCGGUGAUGCGCCGUUGGCUACCAGCUGGGGAAGCCCUGCUUCAGAUGAUUACAAUCCAUCUGCCUUCCCCAGUCACUGCUCAGAAGUACCGCUGUGAGCUGCUGUAUGAGGGACCUGGUGACGAUGAGGCUGCCAUGGGUAUCAAGAACUGCGACCCCAAAGCUCCCCUUAUGAUGUACAUCUCAAAGAUGGUACCAACUUCUGAUAAGGGUCGGUUCUAUGCCUUUGGCCGUGUCUUCUCUGGCUGUGUCUCCACUGGUCUGAAGGUGCGCAUUAUGGGACCAAACUAUACCCCUGGGAAAAAGGAGGACCUUUACCUCAAACCCAUUCAGAGGACCAUUUUGAUGAUGGGCCGUUAUGUUGAGCCUAUCGAGGACGUGCCCUGCGGGAACAUCGUGGGUCUUGUAGGUGUGGACCAGUUUUUGGUGAAGACGGGGACCAUCACUACAUAUGAGCAUGCCCACAACAUGCGUGUGAUGAAGUUCAGUGUCAGCCCUGUAGUGAGGGUGGCGGUUGAGGCCAAAAACCCUGCCGACCUGCCUAAGUUAGUGGAGGGGUUGAAGCGCCUGGCAAAAUCCGACCCUAUGGUACAGUGCAUCAUCGAGGAGUCUGGAGAACACAUCAUUGCAGGAGCUGGAGAGCUGCAUCUUGAGAUCUGCCUGAAGGAUCUCGAAGAGGACCAUGCCUGCAUUCCACUGAAGAAAUCCGACCCAGUCGUGUCCUACAGAGAGACUGUGUCUGACGAGUCCAAACAGAUGUGCCUGUCCAAGUCACCCAACAAGCACAACCGUCUGUUCAUGAAAGCCCGCCCCCUGGCUGAGGGUCUGCCUGAAGACAUCGACAAGGGCGAUGUUGCAGCCAGGCAGGAGAUGAAGGCUCGUGCCCGCUACCUGGCCGAGAAGUACGAGUGGGAGGUGACUGAGGCCCGUAAGAUCUGGUGCUUUGGUCCUGACGGAACUGGCCCCAACAUCCUAGUAGACGUGACCAAGGGAGUCCAAUACCUCAAUGAGAUCAAGGACAGUGUGGUGGCUGGAUUCCAGUGGGCCACUAAGGAGGGUGUGUUGUGUGAAGAGAAUAUGCGUGGCAUUCGCUUUGACAUCCAUGAUGUGACCCUUCACACUGAUGCCAUCCACCGUGGUGGUGGACAGAUCAUUCCCACAGCCCGCAGGGUGCUCUACGCCUGCCAGCUCACAGCUGAGCCCAGGCUCCUCGAGCCAGUCUACCUGGUGGAGAUCCAGUGCCCUGAGGCUGUUGUAGGUGGCAUCUAUGGUGUACUGAACAGGAAGCGAGGUCUGGUGUUUGAAGAGUCACAGGUCAUGGGUACUCCCAUGUUUGUGGUCAAGGCAUACCUGCCUGUCAAUGAGUCUUUUGGUUUCACUGCUGACCUCCGCUCCAACACCUCAGGCCAGGCGUUCCCACAGUGCGUCUUUGACCACUGGCAGAUCCUGCCUGGAGACCCCAUGGAAGCCAGUUCCAAGCCUGCUCAGAUUGUGGCAGAUACCCGUAAGCGCAAGGGCCUGAAGGAAGGAAUUCCAGCUCUGGAUAACUACUUGGACAAAUUGUAAAACGCAUGUCCUAUUCCUUUCACCCCCUGCUCCCCUCCCCACCGAGGGACUGGACUGUACAGAACAUCUCGAGCACUAAUGCUUGCCAAAAGUAGAGAGAUCAAUAAAAGUUUAAAAAUUAAUAAAGGAAAAUAAAAAUU